AUGCCAACCCCUUGGCAAAAAUGCUGCAAUAAAAAGUCCAGAACUGAGAAUGCAAAAGCUGAAAUGGACAAUAUGGCAGAGACAAGUGAAAAAAUGCAGAUGAAAAAAGAAAUCACACUACUAAAUGGAAUUUCUUUAAUUGUAGGGAACAUGAUUGGCUCUGGCAUAUUUGUGUCACCCCGAGGUGUUUUAAUGUAUAGUGCUUCCUAUGGACUCUCACUGAUCAUCUGGGCACUUGGUGGGAUUUUUUCCCUGUUUGGAGCUUUGUGUUACGUUGAACUGGGAACAUCUAUCAUAAAAUCUGGAGGCAGUUAUGCCUAUAUUCUGGAGGCAUUUGGGGCCUUUGUGGCCUUCAUCAGACUCUGGUCUUCCUUGCUAAUUAUUGAACCAACAACUCAGGCAGUGAUAGCAAUCACAUUUGCUAACUAUAUUGUUCAGCCAAUUUUUCCCCACUGUGAGCCGCCGUAUGACGCAGUCAGGUUGAUUGCAGCUGCAUGUGUAUGUUCCUUAACAUUUAUUAACUGUGUUAAUGUAAAGUGGGGUACCCGUGUACAAGAUAUUUUCACAUAUGCCAAAGUCAUGGCUCUAAUCUUGGUGAUAUCUGUUGGCCUUUACAAAAUUGGCAAAGGGGAAACUGAAAACCUGAGAGCUCCGUUUGAGGGCUCAGCAACAAACCCAGGGAUGAUUGCCCUGGCUUUCUACUCUGCCCUCUUCUCCUACUCAGGAUGGGACACGCUCAACUAUGUCACCGAGGAAAUGCAGAAUCCUGAGAGGAACUUACCUCUUUCUAUUGCAAUUUCAAUGCCUAUUGUAGCUAUUAUUUACUUAUUGACUAAUAUAGCAUACUAUGUAGUAUUGGACAUGUCAGCUCUCCUCACAAGUGAUGCAGUGGCUGUGACAUUUGCAGGUGAAACCCUUAGUCAUGCCAAGUGGAUAAUUCCUAUAGCAGUGGCCAUGUCUUGCUAUAGUGGCUUAAACUCAUCAAUUAUUGCAGCAUCUCGGCUUUUCUAUGUUGGAGCCAGGGAAGGACACCUCCCUGUCAGUCUGAGCUUGAUUCACGUGAAGUGCUUCACACCGGUCCCUGCUCUCCUGUUCAACGGCUUAAUGACUUUGCUUUAUCUCCUUGUGGAAGAUGUUUUCCUCCUUAUUAAUUAUUACUGCUUCAACUACUGGCUCUUUGUGGGUCUAUCUAUUGCAGGACUAAUCUAUCUGAGAUAUACUCAGCCACAUAGACCACGACCUGUUAAACUUAGCCUCUUCUUCCCUAUAGUAUAUUGUUUGUGUUCCCUAUUCCUGAUUAUAGUGCCUCUCUACAGUGACACAAUCAAUUCCCUUAUUGGUGUUGGUAUUGCCCUCUCAGGCAUUCCUGCAUAUUAUUUGGGAGUCUACCUGCCAGUUGAAAAACGACCUAAAUGUCUACUUUGGCUCUCUGCUACAACAACGAAGUAUGUUCAGAUGCUCUUCUACUGCGCUCUGUCAGACCUGGACAUAGACGUGGAACCCACAGCAGCUAAGAGUAAAUAGAGUUGCCUCGACAUUGAGAAUUGUGCCUUGACAUCUCCUAUCUGGAACAAUUUUCAUCAUCUGAACUUC